AUGGGGUACGAAGACUCUGUCUAUCUUGCCAAGCUCGCCGAGCAGGCUGAGCGCUAUGAGGAAAUGGUGGAGAACAUGAAGGUUGUUGCCUCUGCCGAUCAGGAGCUUUCUGUCGAGGAGAGAAAUCUGCUCUCCGUCGCAUACAAGAACGUUAUUGGUGCGCGCCGUGCUUCGUGGAGAAUUGUUACCUCGAUCGAGCAGAAGGAGGAAUCCAAGGGCAACGAGUCCCAGGUCACUCUGAUCAAGGAGUACCGUCAGAAGAUCGAGUCUGAGCUUGCCAAGAUCUGCGAGGAUAUUUUGGAAGUUUUGGACAAGCACUUGAUCCCCUCUGCUCAGAGCGGCGAGUCGAAGGUCUUCUACCACAAGAUGAAGGGCGACUACCACCGUUACCUGGCCGAAUUCGCUCUCGGUGAGAAGCGCAAGUUAUCUGCCGACAAGUCUUUGGAGGCCUACAAGAACGCAACCGACGUUGCCCAGACUGACCUCGCUCCCACUCACCCCAUUCGUCUUGGUCUUGCCUUGAACUUCUCCGUCUUCUACUACGAGAUUCUGAACUCUCCUGACCAAGCCUGCCAUCUUGCCAAGCAGGCUUUCGACGACGCUAUUGCUGAGCUUGAUACUCUGAGCGAGGAGAGCUACAAGGACUCUACCUUGAUUAUGCAACUGUUGCGGGACAACCUGACCCUCUGGACCUCGUCAGAGGCUGAGCCUGCGCCCGAGUCUGCUGCCCCCGCCGCCGAGAGCAAGGAGACCACUGAAGCCCAGCCUGCGGCUGAGGCCAAGCCUGAGGGCACGGAGUAA